AUGACCUCUGGAAAACAAGAGCCUGUCAUCGUUGCGUCCUGCAAACAAACUCGGUUCCAUCUAGCUGAAGGCAAGGGCUCAGGCGAGAUUGAUAUUCAGGGGCUAGACAUACUUAUUGCCUCUCGCCUAUCUCAGAGUCAGGAUGCAGAGUCUUCAGGGGCAGGAAAGGGGAAGGCCCGAAAGAAGGAGAAAGCUGGCCUAGGGAUGGAGAUUCUCACUGGUGCGAAUCUUCGUUUAAAGGCCGGAGUCCAUUAUGGCCUUGUUGGUCGAAAUGGGACGGGGAAGUCAACCCUACUCCGAGCCAUGGCCGAUAGGCUGAUACCCGGGCUGCCUGAGCGUGUCAAGAUUGCAAUUCUCCAGCAAACUGAUGUUGAAGUUGGCGCCGAUUCUGAUCCGCUAUCUUUGGCUGGUAAGGGUACAGCAGCAUUACAGGCCAAUGAUGAAUCGUCAAAGAAGGUGCCAAAGACUCUCUUACAGCAAGUUGUGCAAAGUGAUACAGCACGGAAUGAGAUCACAAGGAAAGUAAAGACUGAAGUAUCGGUGAAAGUUCUAUCACAGGCGCUGGAAGACCAUGAGGACCCCCUGGCACCGGUAAAGGCCAUUAGACAACUACGCCAUGAAGCUUGUCAGCACCAGCUGUUUCUAGCUCAGAAGAAUGCAAGUCUGAGGAGCGGCGCUAGGGGGCUACAAGCAAGAAAGGACUUGAAAACAGCGGAAAAUAGGCUUGAAGAGUCAGUAGAGCGCCUCAAUGAUGACCUUACCACCUUGGAUGCCUCUAAAAUUGAACAAGAGACCCAGGCAGCGGUUGAGUUACUUGCUGACGUGGAGGCACAGCUUGAAAGUAUGAAUGUUGUAGACUUGGACCAAGAAGCCCGGAAAGUUCUUCUAGGCCUAGGCUUUAAAGACACUGAUUUUGACCGACCGUUCCUCUCUCUAUCAGGAGGCUGGCGGAUGCGAUGUAUGCUGGCUGGAGCAUUGAUCCAAAGUGCAGAUAUUAUGAUUUUGGAUGAACCGACUAACUUCCUUGAUAUGCUGGGCGUGAUAUGGUUGGAGACUUACCUCAGUCGAAUGCAGGAGAAUUCCGAUAAGACCGUGGUAGUGGUUUCUCAUGACCGGGCGUUCCUCAAUAAUAUAUGUGAGGAGCUUAUAAUCCUCAGGGACAAGACACUUACCUACUUUAAGGGCAAUGUGUCUGCAUAUGAGCAAGAUCGAGAGUCUCAAAAGCUUUACUGGGGGCGUAUGAAGGAGGCUCAGGAACGACAGACAACGCAUAUUGAGAAUACGAUCAAGAACAACAUGAAGAUAGGCAAGAAGACAGGAGACGAUAAUAAGCUGCGAAUGGCCAAAUCCAGACAGAAGAAGUUGGACGAUCGAAUGGGGGUACAGGUAAGCGCAACAGGAGGCAGAUUCAAGCUGAGCCGUGACCGUGUUGGAUGGCAUGACUCUAUGCGAGCUGAGAUUGAGGUCCCGGCGGACGAGAAGGGGGUAUCAAUCGACCUUCCAGAGGCGCCCGACCUGAGGUUCCCGGGACCGCUGCUCUCACUUGAAGGUGUGACAUUUCAGUAUAAACACAGCGGCCCUGUUGUGCUCAAGUCCAUUGAUCUGGUCAUGCACAUGGGCGACCGCGUAGGUAUCUUGGGUCUCAACGGAUGUGGCAAGUCGACGUUAUUGAAAAUUCUAGUGGGAACCAACGAGCCAACACAGGGGAAGCUAUCUCGACACCCUCGACUGAAGCUGGGAUACUACUCCCAACACUCGGUCGAGGAGCUUCAGGAGCUCGGCAGAUCGUCGCCAACGGAGACGGGACUGAGCCUACUUUGCAGGGAGACAGAAGGCGUGCUUGAUGAAGGAGAAGUCAGAGGCAUGCUCAGUUCGCUGGGAUUACCUGGACGGACGGCGUCAGACGUCCCCGUCUGCCAGCUGUCGGGUGGACAGCUGGUUCGGCUUGCCCUUGCCCGAAUCCUUUGGCCGAUGCCACAUAUCUUGGUGCUCGACGAGAUCACUACGCAUCUUGAUUUCCACACCGUCCUGGCCCUGGCUGCAGCUCUCUCGUCAUAUAACGGAGCUCUGCUGCUAGUCUCCCACGAUCGAUACCUUGUUCGGAAGGUGAUCGAAGGCAAGGAGAACCUAGAGGGUGAUGAUGACGGCAGCGGUGGAAUGGCAGAGCAUGAAGCCAAGGGCCGCGGAGCAACAGCUGUGGAUGAAUCCCAACGCCGAGACGUCGUUGUGCUCAAGGCUGGCAAGCUGCAGCUGCAAGAGGAUGGAGUUGACCAGUUCGAGGCCAACCUGCAGAAACGAGUCCGGAAGAUGAUUGCUUAG